GGGCACAAGCUGCCUCGACCUCACAGAAAUCCCCAAGCGCUUUUCCGCCCGCUCAGGGUGACACACAGCGCGCUGCGCCCUGCCACGGUGCCGCUUCUGAUGGGCCGCGUGAGCAUCUCACCAGAGACUCAGCAAAAGUGAGCUCGGGUUGUCGCACAAGCCCAGCCAACGAGUACCAGCUUGUGCCAGUGGUGGUCUUGGACCGUCAGGAGGUGCCAAGGAGGAUGGCGAGCAUGAAGCUCAACAAGAAGGCUGAUGUUCAACCCACCUGCCAGCAGCCAGAAUCUCCCGUGGGCCGCCCAGGAAUCUUGGAGAGUAAAUAUAAAAGGACCAAGCCUUUCCAAGGCUCUGGAGAGGGCAGCACCUGCAGGAAAGCCUGUAUCAGUGGCUUCAGCGCCAGCCGCUGGGGGAGGCACACGAGGCUCCGCCCAAAAAGGCUCAAAAACAAGAGGCAGCAGCAGCCUAACAACUCCUUCCUCAGACCACAGGGGAGGCAAAAACGGGCGCAGAAGGGUGUUCUGGAGAUGUCUGUAGAUGUAAGAGAUAAUGACUGUUCACUCCUCAAUAGCUCGUAUUCCUGGGCCAGAGUUCGAGCAUCCCUGUCCUUCCAUAAGAAGAAGAGAGUGGCCACUGAGAACAGUUUCUGCAGCAGCAUCCUCUGUACCCCGGCAGGGAAAUCCCAGCUGUCAGGGUACCAAGCCAGCCUGUCGGCUGGGAGGGCUCAGGGCUGCUCCUGGUCCGCCUCCUCCAUUAUCCUGCUGGCUCCCAGGGAUUCCUCUGUCCUGGAGCUGAUGCUUACAGACGCAGAGAAGGUGUUUGGGGAAUGCCACCAGGAAGGGCCUGUUGCUUUUGAGGAAUGCAUUCCUUUAGAUAAGAUGAAAGAUUGCAAGAAAAUUGGAGAGGGGGUGUUUGGAGAGGUGUUCCAGAUCAACAGUGAGAGAGGGCCCGUGGCCCUAAAAAUAAUUCCCAUUGAAGGGACUGAGAAAGUAAAUGGUGAAGCUCAAAAGAGCUUUGGGGAGAUUCUGCCUGAGGUAAUAAUUUCAAAAGAACUCAGUCUUCUGUCUGAGGAAUCUGUGAAUAGGACUGUUGGGUUCAUCAGCCUGUACUCUGUGCACUGUGUCCAAGGGGCCUAUCCCAAGUAUCUCCUGGAAGCCUGGGACAAAUACCACAAAGAAACGGGAUCAGAAAAUGACCGGCCAGACCUUUUUGGGGACGAGCAGCUCUUCAUGGUUCUGGAGUUUGAAUUUGGAGGCAGUGACUUGGAGCACAAGAGGUGCAGUUUCUCCUCAGUGGAAUCAGCAAAAAGCAUUUUGCACCAGGUCACUGCCUCCCUGGCCGUGGCAGAGCAGGAGCUGCACUUCGAGCACAGGGACCUGCACUGGGGGAACGUGCUGGUCAAAAAAACAGAUGCAAAGGAACUUCAUUAUGUGCUGAAUGGGGCAACACACACCAUCCCCACAGCAGGGAUUCACGUCAACAUCAUCGACUACACCCUGUCCCGGCUGGAGAAGGAUGGGCUGACCGUGUUCUGUGACCUCUCCACGGAUGAGGAGCUGUUCCAAGGCACAGGGGACUACCAGUUUGACAUCUACAGGCAGAUGAAAGCGGAGAAUUCCAACGUCUGGACUGACUAUCACCCUCACAGCAACGUCCUCUGGCUGCACUACCUGGCAGAUAAACUUUUGAAUGACAUGAGGUACAAGAGAAAGGCAACAACUCCUGCCCUGAGGAAAACAAAGAUGCAGCUCACCAAGUUCCACAAGGAGGUGCUGACCUUUGAGUCUGCCCACGAUGUUUUACUCAACAGCAGCCUUUUCCAGUGACCAAGGACUAAGUCACUGAUUCUGCCUUUCUCCUCUGCUUUUUUUUGGAUACAUGAUCUUUUUACAUGUUGGCACAAUGAAGUGUUAUGAUUCCCAGUGUGAAUAAUACACUAUAAAAAAUGUCUAAAAAAAUCCCCCCAAAAAAGUCUUCUGCUCUAAGAUGUUUCCAUAUCUACUGUUUUUGAAGGGUGGUGGAGGGGAGACAACCCUUCCUGUUGACUUGUGUCAGCUUUUGUCAAGUGGACUUUUGAGAAAGGUUUGAAUAAAUAAAUUAAGGCUCAAUAAAUGCUUUGAAUUUCACAUAAUUUUUUUUUACCUUUUUAGUCCUAGAUUAUUAAAGGUUGUUUUCUUACUAUAUUGGCUUUUUACAUUUUCUUUUUUAAAGGAAAAAAACCUUCAGUUCUGGACAGUAAGGACAAGGGUGAACAUUGUUGCUUCACUGGAGACAGAAAGGGGAAAACCCACCCUUUUAUUUAGUUUUAAAACAGAACUUUUGUUCAGUUUGGUGAAAUUUCUACCUGGAAUGAUGGUACAAAAUGUUAAUAUGUAAAAGUUUCUGUAAAGUGUUUUAAACCCACUAAUCUGGAAUAAUAUGUUAAUAUGGGGAGGGGGUUCCCUCUCUUAAGGACCAAGAAAAAUGUAUCUGAUUUUGAAAAAAAAUAAGAUAAAGUACGUGUGUUCUUGAUGUGGUUUUGAUGGUUGUAAUUUUGUGACCUUGUAUGCUGAUAGGAACCCAAAUCUGUAACUUGGUAGUAGCACUUGAAGCAAUUUCUCCAUUUAUCACAGAAGAAAAUGCA